AUGCAAGAUGCCCAUUCUUGUCCUACCCUUAUGACUGUUGGAGCCAAACUCUUUACUUCUGACAGUGGGCUAUUUGUAGACCCUAGCCUUUGUAGAAAUACCAUAGGAGCACUUCAAUAUUUGACUUUAACAAGGCCAGAUAUCAGCUUUACCAUCAAUAAAUUGAGCCAAUUUCUUCAAGCCCCAACUGAGCUUCAAUGGAAAGCAUGUAAACAAGUAUUAAGGUACCUCAAAUGCACUCAAUUUAAUGGUCUUCAAUUCAAACCAACAGCCUCUUUAUGUGUUGAAAGUUGUGCUGAUGUUGAUUGGGGCAGCAACUUAGAUGAUAGGAGGUCCACAAGUAGUUAUUGUGUCUAUUUAGGCCUCAACUUGAUUCAAUGUAGUUCUAGGAAACAAAAAGUGGUUGCUCUUUCAUCUAUAGAAGCUGAAUAUAGAGCUUUAGCUCAAACAACUACUAAAUUGGCUUGGCUGGAAAAAUUGUGUACAGAUGUUAUAGAUGCAGGUUUUCAACUGAGAGAUGCAGUUUCAGAAGGUGUGAAGAAUUGUUUUUUCAGAAGUGCAUUGAGCAGGAUUAUGUUUUCAAUUGAGAAUUGUGUAAACAUGCAGUUUCAGAAGAAAAAAAAAAAAAGACGUAAAAUUAAUUGGUUUAACUUUAUCAGGUUAGAAGGAAAGGUGGUAAUUAUCACUGGCGGUGCCCACGGACUAGGAGCAACGACGGUGCGCCUCUUCCACCAACAUGGAGCCAAAGUUGUCAUUGCCGACAUCCAAGAUCACCUUGGCCAGGCCAUUACUAAAGAGCUUGGAGAAAAUGUUUGCUACAUCCAUUGUGAUGUAACAAAUGAAGACGACAUCUCCAACCUUGUGGACACCACCAUUGCGAAAUAUGGAAAGCUCGACAUCAUGUUCAGCAAUGCAGGCGUCGUGGACCGUCCAUCCGGCAGCAUCCUGGACACUCCGAAUUCUGAUCUUGAACGAGUUAUUAAUGUCAACACCAUUGGAGCGUUUCUUGCAGCGAAACACGCAGCAAGAGUUAUGGCGCCGCAACGCAAAGGCUGCAUAAUUUUCACUGCAAGUCUUUCGACUCCGGCUUGUACAUCGAUUGCAGGUCUUUCGACUCCGGCUUGUACAUCGAUUGCAGGUCUUUCGACUCCGGCUUAUGCAGUAUCGAAAUAUGGGAUAUUGGGGCUGGCUAAGAGCUUGGCAGCUGAACUGGGAGGGUGUGGGAUAAGGGUAAAUUGUGUUUCACCUUAUGCGGUUAUGAAUAGCAUUCAAGGUCUCAGUGAAGUAGAAGUAGCAAAAGGUGAAGCGAUAAUGAGUGCAAUAGGGAAUCUCAAGGGGAAAGUUCUCCGAGCUGAGGGUGUGGCACAGGCUGCGCUGUAUAUGGCUAGUGAUGAAGCAAAUUAUGUAAGUGGGUUGAAUCUUGUUGUGGAUGGUGGUUUCAGCAUUGUGAAUCCCACCCUGAUAAUGGCUCGUGACCGUCUGUAA